AUGUCAGAAUAUGGAGCAGUCCCAUUUGCACUUAUGAUAGUAAUCAUAAUAUAUAUUAUGAUUGGAGAGUACUUUAAAUCUAUUCAUGUAUCAAUUAAAGCAUAAUAAAUAGUUUCAUUUAAUACAUGAAACAAGCUUUGGCAUCAUCAUAGGAAUGCUAAUGGGAUUGUUACUUAAAUGGAUGGAUGAAAAUGCUUAUGCUUAAUUUGUAAUUAUCCAUAAAAAUAUUAUAGUUUUCUUUGAAUGCAACAAUAUUUUUUUAUUUGCUUUUACCUUUGAUCAUAUUUUCUGGAGGAUAUAAUCUUAAGAAAAAGCAAUUCCUUAAAAAUUUCAAAUACAUCGUAUCCUUUGGAUUUUUGAGCACCCUACUUAACUUUAUUAUCACAUUAACUUUGACAAUUGGAUUUAAUUCUUGGAGUAUUAUUUUUGUUAUUAUAAAAGAUUUGGUUAGAUUGGGUACUAAUUUAGAUUCCAAUAUAUCAUUAAGUUAUGAUUAAAUGAUAAAAUAUAGUGCAACCAUAUGUGCAACAGAUUCAGUAGCAGCAUUAAAUUUAAUUCCUUCAUCUUAAUAUCCAAAAUUGUUUAGUGUAGUUUUUGGUGAAGGGAUGGUUAAUGAUGCUGUUUCAAUUAUCAUAUUUUAAGCAGUAACAAUACUUUAAUAAAGUGGUAAAUCAUUUGAAUGGUACACACCUUUUGAAUUCAUAGGUAGAUUCUUAGAGAAUUGCAUAAUUUCAAUAUUGAUAGGGCUUUUUGUAGGGCUUUUUUCAACUUGGUGUUUUAAAAAAUGCAGAUUUUUAACAAAUUCAACUACUACUGAAACUGUAUUUGCAUUUCUUAUGGCUUAUAUGGGAUAUUCUAUAUGUGAGAUGUUAGAUUUAAGUGGUGUUAUCAGUCUAUUAAUGAUUGGAAUAAUAAUGAGUCAUUAUCAAGGCUACAAUAUUAGUCAAUUAGGUAGAGUUACUACAAGAGUUACUUUUGAAUCCUUAUCAUUAGGUGCAGAGGCUUUUUUGUAUGUUUUUUUGGGUUUUGCAAUGUGGAAUUAAACCACUUAUUAUAGUCCAUUAACUAAAGAUUUAUAUUAUGUUGAAGUAUCUUGGGUGUUUACAUUAUUGUAAUUAGGGAUAGUCAUAUUAGCUAGAUACUUAAGUAUUUACAUAGUUUAUUGGAUUUCAAUAUCGUAUCAAUUAAAUAAUAUUAUAAUAGAAUCUAAGGAGAAAAGGUUUGGAAAUUAACAAAAUAUGAAAUGAGUAUAUGUUGUUUUGCAGGGAUGGUGAGAGGUAGUGUUGCAUUUGCUCUGAUUGAAACACUUGUAGCAUCUCCAACAGAUGGGAUAGAAAUUAAUUAGAUAAAUAUACUUUAAAGUUGUGUUCUUUAUAUUGUUAUAAUAACAACUAUUAUAUUUGGCACAGCUAUGCCAUUCUUUAUAAAUUUUUAGAUUGCAAAAUAAUUGGAUGAAGAGGAAUAAAAAUCUAUAAGUGAAGUUCCAACUCCAGUACUUAUAGAUUAACAAAAAAAGAAAGAGUUGAGUGAAGCUUAAAAGAUUAUUAAAUAUAUGGAUGAGCAUUAUUUCAAGAGAUGGUUUAUUCAUGAUUAUGAGAAUAGAAAAGAUAAAAUAAAUUAGGAAAAAAAAUAAAUAAAAACAGAAACUUUAUAAUAAAUUUAUGAAAAGGCUUUCAGUGAAACAAGUGAAGAUGAGUCAGUUAAAUAAAGAAAUGAAGAUUUUAUUUAAUUACCGAAUUUUGAAGAUAAAUCACCGACUUCUCCACUUGCUAUUAAAAUGUAAGAAUUAUCAUAACAAAUUUGAAUUGU